AUGGCGUCGGCACCUUCCCCGGUCUUUUCCACCAUGGAUGUGCUGGAAUCGGUGCUAGUAAAACUCAAUGAAGAGGAUUACAAAUCAGCCAUUGAUAUCAUUGCCGAUCCGGCAAACGAUACGGCGAUAAAGCUCCAGUCGAUGGAUCUGGUUUCACUGAUAGCCAGCAAUCUAACCGAUGCCAAUGCCGAAAAUAAACCCGAACUGUAUUCGGCCACGGAAACAAUCUUGAACCGUGUAGCUCAAAAGUGCAGCCCACCGGAAGUGCUGUACGAAUUGAUGGAAAAAAUCCGCACCACUUCGAAUGACGAGGUGUUCACCAGCAUACUGAAAACAAUGCAGAUUUCCGUUUUACGCCUUCCGAUAAAGCGUGCCCGUUGUCUGGAGUGGGUGUUUCAAACAAUCAUUGACUAUUUGGACAAAAUUCCGCUGCCCGAAGUGCUGAACAAGGAUAUGGAGGAGCGGGAAGAAGAUCUGUUGGAGUGUGAAGAGUCCAUCCGGCGAUUGUUGCAACUUUAUAUCACAUUGCUGCUGUUUCUGGAACCGAUCGUUAAACACCUGGCCAAUCAGCCAUCAAGCGAUGUAUUCUUCGACUCAAGUCUAACGCAGAAAAAUGCAUUGAUAUGUUUCUUGUUACGGCUAAUGGGGAAACUUUUUCCCAUUCUGCAACUGCAAAGAAUGGAGCAACCGAGAAAAACGUUACGCCGUCCGGCGAAAUUACCAGCCGGCAAAAGCUAUUCGAUCCAAGUAGCGGAAGACAUGAUCAGAUCGUUUAUGCUGCUCGUGAAAGAUCCACUGUUUCUGCUACCGUACGGUGAAAAACGUAACAAUCUUCAAAGCAAGCGAAAGAAAACCGAUUCCGAAGAGAAAGCAAACAACGAUUGUUUUCUGUACCACGAAACGUAUACAACGGAGGGGUUUGCUGUGUUGUUCUAUCUUUUGCUCAGCGAAGGUUUACUACCGGAUACUGUGCCUCAAAUUUACCAGCGCCGCUAUAUUUUUGAGCAGGGUUUGCGCUACGUUGUGAUUUUGCUGAGCGGCGAACGUACCGUCGUGUACUUCAAGGGCAUUCGAUUAGCUCAAGCGUUGGUUAAUUCGGUAAAGGAAGUCAAACUUUGCGCGCGAGACCUAGGGGCACCAAUCCACAGCACGUUCUGCGAGCGGUAUGUUCGAGCAUUGGAAAGAUCGGGAAGUGUGCGCAACCGAGAUGUUGGCAUAACCGUGCUAACAGAUUACAUUCACACGUUUGACGAUGAAGGCCGGUACAUGAUUGUGGCGCAUAUGCUUAAAACGUUCGAAGACGAUUCGGUACGAGCGUAUGCGAUCACCGUCUAUAAGGAUUUGAUAAGCGGUGAUAUGCGUGAGAAAAUGGAAGAGCAACGCCUCGUCCGAUGGUACAGUGGGGAAGUUUUGCAAGACAUGCUCACCAACCAUAUAUGUGUGCUGAGGAAAGGCGUCAAGACGGAUCUGAUAGAUAGUAGCUAUAGCAUUACAAGUGCACUGUCGGCACUGUGGGUACUGUUGAAGACUGAUCAACGCAACAGGAGCCACAUAUGGGACUAUUACGUUACGCUGGAGAAACAGUUUCUGCUCGAGCUUAGGAAGGCUAUUGAUUUGACCCGUGCGCAUUAUCAAAACGAAAUGAAAGUAACUGCGGAAGACAAUAAUCCAGCAACGGUGGGUGUGCAACAAUCGGCCGAGAUUACAAUUAGCACACUAAACGGAGAGUUGCCACCGGUUAUGACUAGCGAGAAAAAGGUAGAACUGUGUCAGGGAAUGCUAUUGCGGUUGGAUAUGUUGGAUUUCCAGUUAGCUAGAGUUAAUGGAGCAAUUGAACAAAUGAGACGUACUACCGAUAAAAGCGGAUCCAAGCAGUCGAUGGAUAUUGAAUAA